UCCCUUCCCUCCCGCCCCCCACCACCUGGGGAAAAAAAGCGACCCAACCAAACCCACCACCAUCUGCCUCCGUGAUUCCCAGCCCAAUUAGCCCCGAACGAAGAGCUCGCCGCCGCCGGUGGGAUCGCCGGGCACUUACGCGCGCGCGGCUCCUCAGUCCGAACCCCUGAAGCACGAGGCGUUUGGGAGGAGGAGCCGAGGAUGUCGCUGUCCCCGUCGCUGUCGGGCGACGAGGUGGAGGUGGAGGAGGAAGAGGAGGACGAGGGCGUCGACGGGUACCGCAAGGGCGGCUACCACGCCGUCCGCCCCGGGGACCAGUUCGCCGCCGGCCGCUACGUCGCCCAGCGGAAGCUCGGGUGGGGCAACUUCUCCACCGUCUGGCUCGCCUUCGACGUCCAAUCGCAGAGAUAUGUAGCCCUGAAGAUCCAAAAAAGUGCCCCUGAGUUUGCGCAGGCUGCUCUUCAUGAAAUAGAGUUCCUGUCAGAAAUCACAAAGAGGGAUCCGUCAAAUCGCAAAUGUAUCAUCCAGCUAAUAGAUCACUUCAAGCACACAGGACCGAACGGGCAACACAUCUGCCUUGUCUUUGAGUUCCUCGGAGAUAGCUUGCUCAAGCUUGUACAGUACAACCGGUACAAAGGCAUUGGUUUUGAUAGGGUGAAGCGAAUAUGCAAGUCGAUUUUGGUAGGUCUUGAUUACUUGCACAAUGAGCUUGGCAUCAUCCAUUCGGAUUUGAAGCUUGAGAAUGUUCUCCUUGUCUCAACGAUUGAUCCCUCGAAGGACCCCAUUCGGUCUGGGCUUAAACCUAACCUUGAGAAGCCUGAGGGGAAUCCUAACGGAGAAGUUGGUCUUAACCCAAUCGAGAAGAAACUAAAGAUGAGAGCAAGGAGGGUGCUUGCAAAGCUUGCUGAGAAAAGAAAAUCAGUUGUGGAAUCUUCGCGUUCAGAAAGGAGCUUGGAUGGGAUUGAUCUGACAUGCAAAAUUGUGGACUUCGGGAAUGCUUGUUGGGCUGACAAGCAAUUUACUGAUUUUAUUCAGACAAGGCAAUAUCGGGCGCCAGAGAUCAUUCUAGGUGCAGGAUACUCGUUUUCUGUUGACAUGUGGUCAUUUGCGUGUAUUGCUUUUGAGCUUGCAACAGGAGAAAUGCUAUUUACACCCAAGGAAGGCCAUGGAUACAGCGAAGAUGAGGAUCACUUGGCUUUAAUGAUGGAAUUACUUGGCAAGAUGCCAAAAAAGAUCGCCACCAUGGGAACACGAUCAAAGGAGUAUUUUGACCGCCAUGGAGAUCUAAAGCGGAUAAGAAGGCUGAAGUUGUCAUCUGUUGAACGCAUCCUUGUUGACAAAUACAAGAUUUCUGAAUCUGAUGCGCGGGAAUUUGCCAAUUUUCUCUGCCCUUUACUUGACUUUGCACCAGAGAAGAGGCCGACAGCUGCAGAAUGCCUAAAGCAUCCAUGGCUUCAAUAUGAUGAGGACAAAACUUGUGAGCCUCAUAACAAUAAUGAUGCCCAAAGCACAGGGAAUACCACCAGUGGUGCCUGUACAAAUAUUGAUGUGACGGACAAAAAAGGGAGCCUCACUGGAAGUUGCAACAAGACUGCUGAUGCGAAACACAACAAUAGUAACAUUACCAACAAUGCUUCCAUGAGCACUGAUGUGCAGCCCAAUAUUGGAAGCAUUGCCAACAGACUUGCCAAAAAUGCUGAUGUAAACCUGAACAUUGGAUCAAUCACCAACAGAGAUGCCGAGAAUUCUGAUACAAAGCCCCACAUUGGAAGCAUAGCCAACAGCGAUGCCAAAAGCUCUAGUUUAAAACUGGACACAGGUAACACCACCAACAAAAAUUCCAAAACUAUUGAUACGAAGCCCAACACUGGCAGCAUCUCAAGCAGGGAUGAAAAGAGCAGUAAUGUGGACACCACCACUUCCAAUGUUGUCAACAGAGAUGUGAGGCGCAGCAUCAGAAGUGUUGUUAAUUCUUAUAUCAAGAAUUUUGAUGCGAAGUUCAACACUGGAAGCACUGCUAACAGUGAUGCCAGGAACUCAGAUACGAAACCCAGCACUAGAAGUGUUGCGAAUGCUGAUGAUGCUAAGUGUAUGGACGUAAAACCAAUCAGCGGAAGUGUUAAGAGCAACGAUGCCAUCAAAUCUAAUGUAAAAUCCAACACUGGAAUUGUUGCAAACAGUGAUGCCAAGUGUAUGGACGUGAAACCAAUCAGCGGAAGUGUUAAGAGCAACUAUGCCAUCAAAGCUACUGUAAAAUCCAACACUGGAAUUGUUGCAAACAGUGAUGCCAAGAACACCGAUGUACAAACUAACACUGGAAGUGUUGUCAGCGAGGAUAACAGUGUUGACACAAAACCAAAUAUUGGUCGGGUUGCUGCAAGUAUACAGAGGUUGGAGAGCAGCAUGAGUAAAGUGCAAAUCGGGAGAUACCGGUGAUACAUUGUGGCUGAGUGCUGACUAAAUACCUAUUUUCUGGCUUGGACAUAUGUCAUUGUGGAGAGGCACAUUCUUUUGCGCUAGAUUUCUACUAUUAAUUUGGUUGCUGAGGAUAAUAAAUACUUAUCCAGAGCCAACCUUCCUCAAGAUUGAGGACCUGGCAGGUACCAGCUGGCGCUCUAGUAUAUCUCUAUUCCUGCUAACUGUAAAAAGUUUUGUAUUUGCCCACAGAAUUUACAUGGAGGUACAUAUUUCCCAUACAUACCCUGGAACAGAUUGUAUUAGUGCUCACAGAUUGACACACUCAAAGUUACAUAGCAUUCUUUUCAACUUUUUUGUGGGUAAUUAUGAAUGCCUGUUCGGGAAUAUACGUGAGUGUGAAGUAGGUGCAGAAAUUUCUGUCCAUAUUAUGGUGGACACACUGGCAAGGGAAUGAUAUACUCUCACCAGUCACACAGCAUUACUCUCUUGUUUUUGCUGAUAUUCUGCUCUCAGCAAAAAAAAGAGAUUGGCCUAUGUCUUCUGGGACACGGAUCGGCAUUUUUUCUGAGCAGGGGUUGACAUUUUUGUUCAGUUUCUUGGUUUGAGGUUGCUUGUAAAAAAUGGGACGAGGUGUUGUAUAAAAAUAUUCUUUUAUGUUCAUUUUGUAGUGAACAAUCAUAUCAACGGAGUUUCACGGUUGAUGUCUCUGAACUA